UGCUACCCAUUUGGGUCUAUUUGGGUAAGCGGACAUUCCAAUCCGGAAAUUGUUUAACGCGCAUGCUUCCUUGCAACACAACAAUCAUGUCGUCUCGACUGUUGGGAUCCGCUAGACCUCUGGGCAAAUAUGUUUGCCGUUCCCAGCAGGUUAUGGUACCUGGCUGGAGGGCGGCCUCUACCCAGACACAGAUGAAGGUGAAUGUACCAGAGACAGUUGUGUCGACCCUCCCCAAUGGAAUGAGGGUGGCAACUGAGAGCUUGGGCUCACCUACUUGUACAGUGGGCCUGUGGGUAGAUGUUGGAAGCAGAUAUGAAACAGCCAAAAACAACGGAGCUGCCCACUUCUUAGAACACAUGUUUUUUAAGGGGACAGGCAAACGGUCCAGGACUCAGCUGGAGCUCGAGGUGGAGAACAUGGGGGCUCAUCUCAAUGCUUACACAUCCAGAGAGACCACAGUGUUCUACGCUAAAUGUCUGUCCUCAGACGUAGAAAAGGCUAUGGACAUCUUGUCUGACAUCAUUCAGAGCAGUAAAUUAGAUGAACAAGAUAUUGAACGUGAGCGAGAUGUGAUUCUGAGAGAAAUGGAGGAAGUAGAAACAAACAUGCAGGAGGUGAUAUUCGAUCAUCUGCACGCCACCGCUUUCCAGGGAACCCCAUUAGGAAGAACAAUAUUAGGACCUACCCAAAAUAUCAAAUCAUUGUCAAAGCUGGAUCUAACUAACUUCAUCAAGACUCACUACACUCCCUCUCGCUUUGUUCUGGCAGGAGCCGGAGGCAUUGAUCACCAACAAAUGAAAGAUCUAGGAGAGAAGUACUUUGGAAAUCUGGGUAAAACCGAGGAAUCGUCUCUCCAGAAAGAUCUGUCCUUCAUGGAGCCUUGUCGUUUCACUGGAGGUGACGUGAGAGUGCGUGACGACUUCAUGCCCCUGUGUCACGUCGCCAUGGCUGUGGAGACGUGUGGGUGGAAGGACCCUGACAACAUCCCCUUGUUGAUUGCUAACAUGGCGGUGGGGAACUGGGACCGGUCAAUGAUGGGGGGUAAGGACCUGGCUAGUCGGCUGGCAGUGAAAUUCGUCUCCAAUCCAGCAGCCCACAGCUUCAUGUCCUUCAACACAAGUUACUCUGACACAGGAUUGUGGGGAGCUUACUUCAUUGGUGAAGGAAAACAGAUGAUGCAAAUCACAGAUUGCGUAAUUAGCGAAUGGGUUAGGCUUUGUCACAUGAUCACAGACCAGGAAGUGGAGAGAGCUAAGAAUGUACUCAAGGCCAGCACGAGGCAGUCACUGGACGGCACCACACCUAUCUGUGAGGACAUCGGCAGACAAAUGUUGGCUUAUGGAAGAAGAGUUCCCCUGGAGGAGAUGGAGUACAGGAUUGAUGCUAUAACCCCCCAGAAAGUUAAGGAUGUUUGCAGUAAAUAUAUUUACGACAGAUGUCCUGCCCUGGCAGCAGUGGGUCCAACUGGAGCAGUGCCAGAUUACGCCUCACUGAGAUCCGAAUUUUACUGGAUACGGUACUGAGAACAACUCUAGGUGUCGUUAGCAAAUUUUAUAAACAAUUGGAGAGUUGAUACUGUAAAACUGUGCAAGGAAUAGUGAGGACAAAUUCUACAGGUGUCGGCUCCGAACUUAAAUGAAGUGGACGUGUAUUGUUAAAUGUGAAAUGACAAUAAAUUAUUGUUUACAUGAC